AUGGCUUCAAUUACAGAUGCAGAAGAGCAAACCGCUCCUAGGGGUGGUUUUGGUCUUAUCUACAAGAAUCCGUAUCUUUUCGGCGUUGCCCUUUUCUCGACCCUCGGUGGUCUGCUAUUUGGUUAUGACCAGGGAGUCGUCUCUGGUAUUCUGACGAUGGAGUCAUUCGGUGCACGCUUCCCACGUGUGUACAGUGAUAGCGGGUUCAAGGGGUGGUUUGUGUCAAGAUUGUUGCUAGCUGCAUGGUUUGGCUCGCUGUGCAACGGCCCUAUUAGUGACCGUCUAGGACGUAGGGCCUCAAUGUUCCUUGCUGUGGGUAUCUUUGUCGUUGGCUCGGCGAUUCAGUGCGGUGCUGUGACGGUUCCAAUGCUAUUUGUUGGAAGAGCCAUUGCCGGUCUCGCCAUUGGACAACUGACUCAAGUUGUUCCUCUAUUUAUAUCCGAGAUUUCUAUCCCUGAGAUUCGUGGUGGCCUCGUCGUUCUCCAACAACUCUCCGUCACAAUCGGCAUCCUAGUUAGCUUCUGGAUCGACUAUGGCACAAAUUACAUCGGCGGGACACGGUGUGCUCCUAACAUCCCGUAUACUGGCGGAACCGCCUCUUCUCGCAUCUUCAACCCAUACGCAGACAUCCCAUCCAACGGGCAAUGCACAGGACAAUCCGAGGCAUCAUGGCGUCUGCCCUUCGCCCUGCAGAUCCUUCCAGCCUUGACGCUGGGAAUCGGAAUGGUAUUCUUCCCAGAGUCCCCUCGGUGGCUUCUCAUGCAUGAACGCGACGACGAUGCACUGGCCAGUUUGUCCAGGUUACGACGAAAGCAGCAACGGCAGCAGCACGAUGACUCGCGGAAUGACCCAGAUUUGAUGCGAGAGUAUUUGGAAAUCAAAGCACAGAUUAUGCUCGAAAACACGUUCGCGAGAGAGAAGUGGCCGGGAUUGUCAGGUAUAAAACUGCAUGCUGCGCAAUAUUUCUCUUUGGUGACGACGUGGGCUCGUUUUAAGAGACUGGCGAUUGGGUCUUGUGUGAUGUUUUUUCAGCAGUUUAUGGGUUGCAAUGCAAUGAUAUACUAUGCUCCAACAAUCUUCUCCCAACUAGGCCUGAGCGGAAACACCACAUCUCUUCUCGCCACGGGAGUCUACGGCAUUGUAAACUGUCUGAGUACACUCCCAGCACUAUUCCUAAUCGAUAGGAUAGGUCGCCGCAAGUUGCUUAUGUCGGGUGCCCUCGGAACAUGCAUCUCGCUGGUAAUCGUCGGCGGAAUUCUCGGGGCUUAUGGAUCUGCUCUAGUCGAUCACAAGGCUGCUGGAUGGGCUGGGAUCGCAUUUAUUUAUAUUUAUGAUAUCCAUUUUUCAUAUUCCUUCGCACCGAUUGGAUGGGUUCUUCCGUCUGAGAUUUUCAAUCUUUCGAUCCGGUCAAAAGCUAUUUCUAUCACGACUUCGGCGACGUGGAUGUGCAACUUUAUCAUCGGCCUGGUAACACCCGAUAUGCUGACGUCUAUAUCCUGGGGAACGUACAUCUUCUUUGCAGCAUUCUGUCUCCUAGCACUUGCAUUUACGUUCUUCUGUAUUCCGGAGACGAGGGGAAAGACCUUGGAAGAUAUGGAUCUCAUUUUCGGCGACACCGCGGCGUACGAAGAAAAGCAACGGAUCGUCCAUAUCGAAGCCCAGUUGCGUGGGACACCGCUUGUCAGUGAGGAGGUUCUCAAAGCGGAUAUUGAGCAGCAGGAACAUGCGCAUGCGGAUACAUAUGCAGCGAGGUGA